GUGUGGUCUCAGAGCACGAGGCCGGUGGCCAAGAAGAGCAAGAGGAACAGCAAGAACGACCACAAGAAUCCGAAGCAGAAACAGGUGCGAUGCAACUGUCACCGUGGGGAAAAGCGACGAAGCGGUGGCUGGAGUACCGCUCCCAUUUUGACUACACACUGUACCUGCGGGACCUCGACCUAG